AUGAAGUACAACAAGGGAGGCUGGCAGUAGGAUAGCACCGCCGGAUUGAGGAAGCUGACGACUGACAACCCUGUGGGAAGACAAUGUAUAAAUUUGUAGGUUGAUGCUCAGCUACUACUUUGGAUCUGUUCCUGUCCUGAAGCUCAGCGUCCAGUCCGCCCUGUCUGCCGAUAUGAAGUGCUGCAUCUUUGUCGCCUCUCUCUUGAUUCACGUGCCCCUUGGCACGGCUUGGAAUGCCCAGUAUGCUGUGGACUGCCCAGAGCGCUGUGACAGCAAUGAGUGCAAGAGCACCAUAAGGUGUAAGAGGACUGUGCUGGACGACUGCGGCUGCUGCAGGGUCUGCGCCGCAGCUGCUGGGGAAACUUGUUACCGGACUGUGUCUGGCAUGGAUGGUGUUAAAUGUGGGCCUGGACUGAAAUGCCAUUUUUUUACAGAAGAGGAUGAUUUUGGAGAUGAAUUCGGAACAUGCAGAGAAUGUCCAUAUGGCUCCUAUGGGAUGGACUGCAGAGGAACUUGCAACUGCCCAUCUGGAAUAUGUGAUCGGGUCACCGGAAAAUGCUUGAAAUUUCCAUUUUUCCAACUGACUGGACCAAAACCUGGCAACAAACGAAGACCCUCCUCAUCUUCUGAUUUUGACAUGGCCUCAGGAGAUGGGAACAGCGUCAAGGAUAAGGGAUCUCGAUCAGGAAUAAAAUGGUUAAAUCCGCGCUGAUAUCUACUUUACACUUGUGUAUAUGAAGGACCGUGUGGACUUUGGACUGAGGGAGAACAUGAAAAUACAACAGGAUUUCAUCCAGUCAAAGUAGACCUGUCAGUCAUUGGGAAGUCGGCUUUUCCCCAUCACACUGAUAAUUUAUAGCAAUGGAGAGAUCCUGACCGACUGGGAUUAUUACAGAUUAUUACAUCUUUGUUCUGUGAAGCGAGUAUCUGUCCGUUCAACCUUUUUUGUAAAUGUGUAGUUAUAUAAACUUUUUAUUUUGGACCUUUUUCAGUCGUCUAGUCUAUUGAAUACAGAUUUCAUGUGUAUUUAAAUAAAUGCUUUGUAGGUUAAA